CCCACCAGCCUGAGUCCGGUUUGUGUUCCAAGUACUCGACUUGUGAGUCAACUACUGAAAUCAAAUGCCAAAAUUGUUGAGCAAAAAGCUGAAAAUAAAAACGCAAAUGGAUCCUCGUCUAUGGCACAAAGUUGCUGCUAUCUCUGGGGCAGUAGCUGUUGGAUUAGGCGCAUAUGGUGCUCAUGGAUUCAAACCCAAAGAACCCGCCUAUAAACAGGUUUGGCAAACAGCGUCCUUGUACCAUUUGGUUCACACUGCAGCUUUGUUAGCUACCCCCAUGACCAAAUAUCCUAACAUUUUUGGAGGUCUGAUGAGUGCUGGAAUAGUCUUAUUUUCAGGGACGUGCUACAGCGUGGCAUACCUAGAAGACAGAAAGUACAAUAGGUUAGCGCCUAUUGGUGGCUUUGCAUUUAUAGCUGGCUGGGCUAGUUUGCUUUUCUGAAAGUUUAAGGUACAAAAAACAGCAAUUGCAUACUAUCCUUUCCCCACACCCAAGUGCUCAUGUGUUGAAUAACUGAUUAUCGGCUACAAAAUUUCUACUGAGACUGGUACAAAUAUCUCAAAAUGACUGAGAUUCUGCAAUAAUAAUCGACUGUAUAUGAAUGGGUUGUUAUUUGUUAAGCUAUAGAGUUAUUUGAGCUUUACUUGUGUA